AGAAACAAAUUUGCAAGAGGACACAUCGGCACUAAUGUGAGAGUUCCAUCUAAGGGCACCUGAAAACUAUAACGCACAAGAUAUUCUACUGUAAUCAUUCUUAACACAGCAAAAAUGAAGUUUUUACUCAUCUUAAUGUACUUACUAUGGCUGAAAGGACAUCACUGUGCACCUAUCAAAGAAGAAGAACUAAAUGAUGUGGAAAACCUUAAAGUUUUGUCUGAUGUUGGAGAAAAAUAUGUAGAUGAAGAGGUAAAGAAAGCAUUGAUUGGCAUAAAGCAGAUGAAAAUUAUGAUGGAAAGAAAUGAAGUCAAGCACAUGGAUUUGAUGAAAACCUUAAAGAAGAGCAGUGAGGAAAAAGAGGAGGCUGUGAGACUUAUGAAUGAAGUGAAAGAAAGGCUGGAAGAAGAAGAAAACAUGUGCCAGGGAUCUUUGAAGAAUCUAUGGGAUGAAUGCAAAUCUUGUCUUGAAAGCAACUGCAUGAGAUUUUAUACUACCUGUCGCCACGGUUUUUCCACAUUUACAAAGAAGAUUGAAGACUUUUUCAAGAAAAUGACUCCAUUAUCACUUCCUGUGUAUGAAGUUCAAGGGAAAGACCUCCAGUUUUAUCAGAAACCUGAGAAAGAGGAUGCCCAACUUGUACAAAUGGAGAACCUGUUUAACCAGCUGUUAUCUGACAUGGGCACAAUCUUUGAGAAAAGUUUUGUUUUCUUCAAACAGAUGCAAAAAGAAUUUGACCAGUCUUUCCAAAUGUAUUUUAUGUCUGAGCCAGACUUUAUAGACCCCUAUUUUUUGCCAGCUUUUCCUGAGGAAUCCUCAAGAAACACUGGCUUUCCCAAAGAGCCAGGCUUCCUUCAGCUCGUUUUUGACUUCAGCAAAACUGUCCUAGAAGGUGUUGGUGAAGUGAUUACUGAAGCAUUUGAAGGAUACCAAGAAAGUGCAAGAGAGUUGGUAGAGCAACUUAAAGAUUCCAACAAAAGUGGGAUGUUCUCUAAGAACACAUCAGGGCAUGAAAGAACGCCAUGCAAUCAGCUACGUCAGAACUUAUCAGGAUGCCCUCAGUUCCAUGAGAGAUGCCACGAAUGUCAAGAUGAUCUUAUACGAGUUUGCCCCAAUGUCCCUGAACUACAUAUCAAGUUUGAUGAUGCUUUUAAGCUGGUCAAUAUUUCUAGUGAGCAGUAUCAACAAAUUCUCCAGAUGGUUCAGCGCCAUACAGAAGACACAUCCUACUUGUUGAAUAAAAUGAAAGAAAGGUUUGGCUGGGUCUCUGAGCUAUCCAACAUGACCAUUGGACCUGAAAACAUUUUCAAUAUAGUAAAGGUAUCAUCAAAUUCCAAAGGAGGUGAAGCUUCCAGUCUGAAUGAAACGGUGGUAGAUGUGAAUAUUUUGACUUCACCUACUUUUACAAUUAAGGUCCCCCAAGAUCUAGACACUGAGAGUUCUGAAUUUAUUGAGUAUGUUGCUGGAAAAGCUUUACAACUUUACAAGAAAAAUUUCUAGACAUGGAAAGCUGAUUCUUUUCACAUUACAAAUAAAAAAAAGUUAAACCAUUAUGUUUGACCAACUUUCUACACAGCACAUGAUAGGUAUAUUUUCCAGGCUCAUACAGUGUGAUGGAUGCAUUUUCUGUCCCAUCCCCUUUAUACAAAUGUUAGCCAUCAUUCAAUGCCAUCUGAAUUCAACUACAUUGAACU